AUGGGGCCGGCAGACGUUGUGGAGGUCACCGCAGGCGCAGCACCCCGCAGGUACAGCCUCGACCCCAAGGACGUCGGCAUCCCCCGCUGUACAGUAGAGGAUCUGAAGGGCGGCGACGCGGCCCUCAACGCCGCAAUUCUGCGGGACGUCUUUGGCGGCGCCCGCGGACCGGUGGCGGACGCGCUGAAUCUGAACGCAGGGUAUGCUCUGGCGGCCGCUGAGGUGGCGGUGGACCCGCGGGAGGGGGUGGCCAUGGCGCAGGAGGCGCAGCGCGCGGGCAAGGCGGCGGGCGUGCUCGAGGCGUGGGCGGCGCUGAGCCAGAAGGAGGCUGCGGCGGAGCGGGGGGCGGGGGCGGGGGGGCAGCAGCAGCCGCAGGUCGCGGCGACGGCGUGA